AUGUAUUUGUGUGUAGGUGUUUAUAGCUUCUGUGAUGGACCAAAGUUCUCAAGAGGACCAUAUUUGGGGAUUACAACAGUGUGUUCUCUGCUUUCUCUUGUGUUUGUUUCGUUAAAAGCUUCUUAUGUAUUUGGGGUUUCGAGUGUUGAUCAAGAAGGGUAUAUCAAUAUGCGAAUCGUCAUAGCAGGUAAGACUGUAGUGGUUUCAAGAUCUCGCUUGACAUUGACUAGCUUACUCUGGGUGAGAUGGACGGAGAUUGAGGGGAGUAGUGGUAAUAAGGAAUUGGCGAAGAGCCCAAUCGAGAUGGAGAAGAUCAAGUCGGAGUUGUUGAAAGAAGCAGUGGAAUUAAGCAAAAUCACUGCUGGGGAAGCUCAAUCGAGCCCAAUUGGUAAAGUAUAG